CAGCGGAGAGUACCAUCUUCGUCUUCCUCACUCGGGUUUUGAUCAGGCAAGCUUCGAACCUUGGAUUAUUUCGCAGGUCCAAAGGGGUUUUCAGAGAUUUGCUUCGGAUUUGGUUGAAGAGUGGGGAAAUGGGAGGCGAAGAGACUGUCAAGCAGCUCGAAGACUGCUCAGUUUCCAACGCACUAGGCACAUGGGUUUUUUCAGUGGCAGGGGCUUUGCUAGCAAUUCCAGUGGGUAUAAAACGGAAAUCUCUAGCACCCCUUGUGUUCUUUGGCACAACUGGUACCAUGCUUGAUAUUAUCAUGGGAAUCACUGCUUGUGAAAGAGAACAUGCGGAACGCCAAAUGAAGCUAUUAGAAGCUCGAAAUUCUGCAGCUGAAGCUUCUCUUGCCGAGACAGCAGCGGAUUCCUGAUCUGAAGCUUAUAUUCUCAUAUGCCUCAUGUUUGGUAGCUGUCAGUUUGUUCAACUUGUUUGGCUGUAAAAGAUGAAUAGUUCUUGACAGUCCUUUGGUGAAUUGGUAUUUGUUUUCCUUUGUUUUGAUUUCUCACUGUUCACUUGUUCAUCACUUCAAAUAUCACUCUACAGUUGUUUGUGGUACAACUCCAACUAUUUAUCAGCCGCAAAUCUAUUAUCAGUCAAUAACACAAACUUCUUGUUCAUUUUUCA